AUGGUUUAUCAACUGAUAUGUACAAUUGUUCCGAUAUUAUUAAACUUUAUUCUAAUAAUUUUAAUCUGGACAAAAUCACCACCACAAACUGGCAAAUAUCGAUGGUUGAUGAUGUUCACGGCAUUUUUUGAGAUAUAUUGGGGAGCAUUUGAUUUACCUGCAGAAAUUAUAUCUCAUUCUGUUGGUUGCGCUUUUAUAACAUUUCGUAUCAAUUAUCCAGAUAGCAUUCUAAAUGCUGAACAGAUGGGUUGUUGUAACAUAUACAGCAAUAUUUGGAGCUUCGAUGGCAUUCUUUGCUUCACAUUUUGUUUAUAGAUAUGGAUGCAUUGAAACGUUAGAAAAAUUAUAGUUGUACUCCGAAAUAGUUGCAUGUUUUUAGAGGUUUCGGUCAAAAGUUUACAUCAGGCUGGAAAUUCGGUUUUUGUUUUUGUUUCCAUUGGCUUAUUGUUUUUGGUGGGGAGCGGCAGUGCGAAUUUGGGUUUGGAAUACUCCGGAAAUGGAUGAAUAUGCUAGGUGUUAGUAUUCUGAUAUUAUUGUAAUUGUUCAACUUUUAAGUGAUUUGAUUGCGAGUACUGUGAAUCUUUCUAUUGAAAACAUAAGUUAUAUUGGAGGUAUGUUCUUUAAAUUUGAUCAAAACGGAACGAUGUCUUUUAAUAAUGAUCCAUGGAUUGGAGGCGGUCAAAUGUGGUUUAUGGUGGGAAGCUCUUUGGUAUGCGUCUUUGGUUUUGGUUUUCUCUGCUAUAAGAAACUCCGCGAUACUCUUGCGAUAGCUUCAAAAGCGGCAAAAAAUGUUGAAAAACAGUUAUUCUAUGCAUUAGUUGUACAGACAUUCAUUCCAUUUAUUCUAAUGCACAUACCAAUUACUUUAUUUUUUCUGUCUCCGAUUUUUAUGCUCAAUAUGGAUUUUGCUUCAAACUUCAUCAUUAUUACUAUAACCUGUUACCCAGCUGUUGAUCCGCUUCCAAUUUUUUUCAUUAUAAAAAGUUAUCGAGAAACAAUUUGAAAUGCAUUCCGAGCCGUUUAUCGUUAUAACAAAAGUACUUCUCAAGUUGGAGUGACGCAUAUUAUGGCACCUGUGAAUAGUA